CCGGUCUGGCUGACAGCAGGAGAGAGGGAAGGAAGUAGGGAGAUUAAAUGAGUGAGGCAGGGGGCAGGGAGAACGAGAGGGAGGGGAGCGAGAGACUGAAUUAAUUCAUCCCUAAGCAGCUCUCAUCGACACUGUGGCUGGAGCACUGGCACACUCAGGCACCCAUCGAACAAUGGAGGGAGAGAGAAACGAGAAGUUCAUCUCCAGAAAGAGAAGUUUCACUUUUGGAGCAUACGGAGGUGUGGACAAGUUCAUAUGUGAGAAUGAGAUGACCAAACCUGAACCUUUAGAACACAGCAUUCUGGAUAUUCUAGACUCCCCAACCAGCGAGUCCAAACCGUUACUCUCUACCGGCAACAACCAGAAGGUAACAGAGCUGUUUGAGAUCAUUGAGAAGUUGCAGGGCAGUAGACUAGAUGAACAGCGCUGUGCAUUCCCACCGCCUUUGAGAUCUCAGCUUUUGAAGAUCGGUGGUGACCUUCCGCUGAUCCUACCUCCAAAAUUGGGUGGUUACUGGAUAGACCCCCCGCUGGAGAAGUUCGCUGAGACCAGUCCCACAUCCUCUCAUUACGGACUACAGCCAGAGAGUUAUGACAUAAUGGAGAGAGACAGUGAAGCCAAAUACUACCAGGAGUUCUUCCGCUCACGGUAUCACCACUCGUUCACGGCAGUGGACCCCUCCCUGGGACCCCUUGUUCUCUCCGUCUGUUUGGAGGAAGAAGAGAAUAGGCUAAGAGUAAUACUGAGAAUUAAGGAAUGCUCUAUGCAUGGAGUUUUCUCAGUGUCUCUGUUCCCAAACAUUCCUUCAGCUGUGGAGCUAGCCAAGAUGCUUUGCGAAAGUGUGACCGUACCUCGAUUUGAUGUGGUCAGUUAUCUCAAGGCACCAGAUCUUAUAACAGCGUUUGAUGAACACAGAGUGUCUCAGAAUUUCAAGUUUGGUGUGUUGUACCAGAGAGAGGGACAGUUGACAGAGGAGGACAUACUCUAUAACAAUGAGGAGAGUGAAGAGUUUCAAGAAUUUCUCUCUAUUUUGGGAGAGACAGUCACACUCCAAGGGUUUACUGGGUUCCGAGGAGGUUUAGAUGUGUGUCACGGCCAGACUGGAAGUGAUGCAGUGUUCACUUCCUUCCAUGGCAGAGAGAUAAUGUUCCAUGUGGCCACCAAAUUGCCUUUCACAGAGGGAGAUGCACAACAGCUCCAGAGGAAGAGACACAUUGGCAACGACAUUGUUGCUGUUGUUUAUCAGGAGGGCAACACCCCUUUUCUCUCUGAUGUCAUCAGCUCGCACUUCCUGCACUGUUUCCUAGUGGUCCGGAGGGUGAGGAAGGGAGAGGGGGAGGAAGGAGGAGAAGGGGUGUUCCAGGUGUCUGUGACAGCCAGAGAAGAUGUACCUCCCUUUGGUCCUGCUCUUCCUGAUCCUCCUAUUUUCACACAUAAAUCCCUGUUGAGGGAGUUCCUGCUGACCAAGCUGAUCAAUGCAGAGAUCUCUUGCUAUAAGGCUGAGAGGUUCAGUAGACUGGAGCUGCGCACUCGUUCGUCCCUCUUAGAGGGUCUGCAGGCGGAACUCUCCAGCCGCUCCCAGUGCAUGAUGGGAGAUCCCCCCGUUUCUGCCCUCUUUUCUUCUGAGGGGGUGAGGGGUGUGACUGAGGGAAGUGGAGGGUUCAUUGAAAACUUUAAGAGAGCUAUAAGGGUGCGCAGUUAUUCUUUUGACACUCUUGGAGGGCCUAGGAAGAUUGGGGGUGUUCCGCUCCCACAGAAGCCCAAGGCUACUACAGAGAAGAAUGGAGAGAGUGAGUCUUACAAGUCCCCUGGACCCAGCCUUCCAGCCUCUGACAUCCAGGGUUUUACAGAGGUCAAAGAUCACUCCAGUCCCCAGGAAGACACAUAGGCACACAGAUGGGCAGAUUUUAUUAAUAAAAGAUUAAAUGCUUUGUAUGUACAAGUUGUAAAAUAAUGUGGACAUAAUUAUAGCAAAUUAUGCAGAUAUUGUAGAAUAUUUUGAAUGGUAAUAUGUGUAGAUCAUUGUUAUAUCAUGUGUCAUCCAUGACUUGAGAUGCUUUAACAUAUAUUAAUAAAACAUUGAUACUGUAAACUU